GACGCGCAAGUCAUCUGAAAGCAACUGUCUCGAGAUCUGUGCACUGGAAACACUCGCGUUGAGUAUUUACAUAAAUAAAUAAACAAACCUUAUAACUAAAUCGUAAAAGUUUUUCUAAAUAAUUUCUAAAACAAACAAUAUAAAAAAAAAAGAAAGACAUAAUUGCGAAAAUGGAUAGCGACACAUUUCGUGAAUUUGGAAAGGCUGCAGUGGAUUUUAUAGCGGAUUACAUGGAUUCAAUACGUGACUGCGAUGUCUUAUCUUCAGUCGCUCCUGGCUAUUUGUUUGAUUUGUUGCCCAAGGAAAUUCCAGAAAAGCCCGAAGACUAUAAAACAAUUCUGAAGGACAUACAUGACGUUAUAAAACCAGGAAUAACACAUUGGCAAUCACCAAAUAUGCACGCUUUUUAUCCAACAGCGUCAAGCUUUCCAUCUAUAGUCGGAGAAAUGUUAAGCGCUGGCUUUGGAGUUAUUGGCUUCAAUUGGAUCUGUAGUCCAGCUUGUACAGAACUAGAAGUAGUGGUGAUGGAUUACUUAGCAAAAUUUCUGAACUUGCCUAAAGAGUUUAUGCACUCUUCUGAAGGUCCUGGUGGCGGUAUUAUACAAGGUUCGGCAAGCGAAGCAGUGCUCGUAGCAGUAAUUGCAGCACGCGACGAAGCUGUACGUCGCAUUAAAGCAGAACGACCCGAUAUGAGUGAAAGCGAUAUACGUGGUAAACUUAUAGCUUAUUCCAGUGAUCAAAGUAACAGUUGCGUAGAGAAAGCUGGUGUACUGGCCGCACUUCCCAUAAAGCUCUUGCCCACUGAUGAUGAUUUAAUACUUCAUGGUGAAACCCUCCAAAAAGCUAUAGAGGAAGAUAUUUCAAAUGGUUUAAUACCUGUGAUAUGCAUAGCUACAUUAGGUACAACUGGAACGUGCGCUUAUGAUGACAUCGUUACAUUGGGUCCAGUGUGCCAAAAAUACAAUGUCUGGCUACAUGUUGAUGCCGCUUAUGCGGGUGCUACAUUUGCACUGGAUGAAUACGCACAUUUACGUUUUGGUAUGGAAAUGGUUGAUUCUUUCAAUUUUAAUAUGCACAAAAUGCUAAUGAUAAACUUCGAUUGCACGGCUAUGUGGCUUAGGGAUGCAAAUAGAGUCAUAGAUGUUUUUAGUGUUGACCGUAUUUAUCUAAAACAUAAAUAUGAAGGGCAAUCACAAAUACCAGAUUUCCGAAAUUGGCAAAUUCCAUUGGGUAGAAGAUUUCGAGCACUGAAGGUUUGGAUUACAUUACGUAUUUAUGGUGCAGAAGGACUAAGAACGCAGAUUAGAAAGCAUAUUGAGUUGGCGAAAAGAUUUGAGAGAUUUGUAGUUGCUGAUGAACGAUUUGAAAUAGUCUUUAAGAGUACAUUGGGUCUGGUAUGUUUCCGACCUAAAGGCGCUAAUGAGAUUACCACAAAUCUUUUAGCGCGUAUCACGGAACGUAAAAAAAUUUACCUGAUUCAAGCAAAUCAUAAGGCAAAACAUUUCUUGCGUUUUGUUGUAUGCGGUAUGGAUCCCAAAGAGCAUGACAUAGACUUUGCUUGGCACGAAAUACAACAGCAACUGUGCGAAUUACUACAACCUGAUCCGAAGCAGAGUGUGCCAGCAACACUCGAAGAUAAUGUGAAAAAUGAAAAGGAAGAAAUAGUUUUUGGUAAAUCAGAAAUCGGAGCGAUAACCCAACAGCUAUCAAAUGAUUUACAUAUAUCUGUAGGAUGUGAAAAAUCAAAAUAG